AUGACCAGUGGCUCCCGAGUUAAUGAGUCAAUUGACAGUGAUAUUGAGGUGAGUGAUAUUUCUAGUCCAGAAUCAUCAAAGUCUAGUCAAGAAUUUGAAGAAUCAUUGAUUAAUGAACAUCGAAAGACUGAAAUUGUUUUAAAUAAGUGUAAAUGUUUAUAUACUAAUGCAGAUCAGUUGCAAAAUAAGAUGAGUGAGUUGCAGGUACAGGUUACAUUGAUUAAUCCGGAUUUUAUAUUUGUAACUGAAGUUUUACCGAAGCUUAACCAUGACAAUGUGUCCUGCUCAUCAGUUAUUUAUGCUCUUGAUGGAUAUACAGCAUUUCCAAGCACAGAUGAUGGUAGAGGUGUGUUAAUUUAUGCAAAAUCUGAGCUUAAUAUUUCACCAAAUGUAAACUUAAACUUGAUGUACCAUGAUGCUUCUUGGAUAGACUGGAUUGUUGAAGAUGAGACUGUUGUAAUUGGAUGUAUCUAUAGAAGCCCUUCUGAAACGGACAAUUGCGACAUAAUUAUUGAAUUGCUACGGGAAGCAGCUAGAAUUUCUGAGAAUUUGCUUGUAACCGGAGACUUUAACAUGAAAGACAUUGAGUGGGAAACAUAUACAACCAUUCACAGUGAAUCUCACCAUGAAUAUAUGUUUAUUGAAUGCUUGAGGGAUAAUUUUCUAUUCCAGCAUGUACAACAAUUUACAAGAUGUAGGAAUGAUCAGCCUUUGAUUUUGCUGGAUCUAGUACUGUCCAAGGAUGAAAAUAACGUUACCAAUUUUGAGCAUUUACCAUCUAUUGGGUUAAGUGAUCAUGUGACUUUAGUAUUUGAUUUUUGCUGUAACUAUAAAGAAGUUUACACUGGGAAUAUGUCUUACAGCUACAGAAGAUGUAAUUUGCUUGCAUUUAUUCAAGAUUGGGAGUCUGUCAACUGGAAAGAAACACUUUGUGAUAGUGAUGUCAAUGAAAUGUGGAGCUCCUUCUCCGAGAAGUAUAAAGUUAGUGUUGAUAAAUAUGUUCCAAAGUCUAAACCUAAAACGGGCUGUAAAACAAAGCCAUUAUGGAUGUCUGGUGAAGUUCUGUCGCAUAUUAAGAAAAAGCGUCAUGCUUGGGACAAGUAUUUGGCUACUAGAAGAAAUGAAGACUAUGAAGCGUAUAAAAUAGUGAGAAAUAGGGCAAAUGACUUUGUAAAGAAUAGUAAGAGACAAUAUGAAAGAAAUAUAUCCCAGAAAGCUAAGAGUGAGCCGAAACAAUUCUGGCGAUAUGUAAAGUCUAAAACAAAAUCAAGAAGCAAUAUUUCUAAUCUCAAACGUGAAAAUGGGGAAUUUGUAAGAAAUGAUAAAGAAAACGUGGAUGUACUGAAUGAAUUUUUUACUACUGUGUUUACAAAGGAAAAUAUUGACACCAUACCUGAUAUUGAGGAUAAAGAUGUGAAUAGUGAACUCAGUUCUCUUACUGUUUCUGAAGAAGAAGUUUUGAAGCUUUUGAAAGACAUUGACCCUAGUAAAUCCAUGGGCCCUGAUUGUGUACACCCAUUCCUAUUGAAAAAGGUAGUUAACUCAAGUAUCAAGGUGUUUGCUGAUGACACGAAAGUGUAUGCCCCAACAACAGAUUCCGACAACCUUCAGGAUGACCUGAAUUCAUUGUGUGAUUGGGCUAAAAAGAGCUGGUCAUGGACCUUUGCCGUCCUUUAUCCAGAGCCUUCCACAGCGAUGGCAGAUAUAUCACUGCUUGGAUCAACACUUGACCACGAUGUUGAGUCCAGGAUCUCAGUGGCAGCCAAGACAACAUCAACAGAAUGA